UUAAAAAGCUCUGGCACUGAGUUCAGAAGUUCCCAAACUCAAAACUUCCAAACCUGGGACAGUCGCAACGAGUGAGUGAGGCGGUACAAAACCAGAGCGGGAAACUGAAAAACAUUUCAGAGGGUAAAUAAACAUAGAGGAUGUUCCUGGUUCUGAGCUGUGCUGAGUGCAAAGUAAGCGAGGAAUAGGAAACAAUCUCCCCCUCCAGGCUGUCGUCUGGACAGUGUUGCUUUUAAAUCUGCUGCAUUUUUUGGCAAACAGCACUACAAGUGUGCUGUUGUUGAAUAAGAUCUCCCUGGAACAACUCAUCAAGCAGAGAAAAAGGGAAAAAAAGGAGGCUAGAAGCAGAACUUGAACUCCGAACUUCAGAAAAGUUUGGACAAGAGCAAAUCCGACCUGCUUCUAGAGGAGUGCCCACGCGAUUUCACCCUUCCCUGGAUUAUAACUUUCCUACCGUCAGCGUUUUCCUGGGAUGGGCUGGCUGCUGUGUCUGUGUUACCUGGCAGCAGCAGUGGCUGUGGCUAUUGGCUCAGAAAGAAGACAGCACCAGGUGCAGCAUGGCCCCUGCCGCUACACUUUUAUUCUUCCAGAGGUGGAGCAGUGCCGGCCUGCAGGGGACUUCCAGGUGACUAACUCCCUCCAGCGAGACUCGCCCUCGGCCCCGGAGUCGCCCCACGCUGAACCCACCUGGCAGGAAAAGAAGCUGGAGACCCUAGAGAGCGCCACGGAGAACAAUACACAGUGGCUGCAGAAGCUGGAGAGCUAUAUUCAGGAGAAUGUGCGAUCAGAGAUGGAGCGGAAUGUCAUUCACACUCAGACAGCCACCAUGCUGGAGAUCGGAACCAAUCUUCUAAGCCAAUCAGCAGAAAACACACGCAAACUGACAGAUGUAGAGACACAGGUGCUGAACCAAACCAGUCGUCUGGAGAUACAGCUGCUGGAGUACUCUCUGAGCACCAACAGGCUGGAGAAGCAGCUCUUAGAGCAAACCCAGGAAGUCUCCCGCCUCAAUGACAAAAACAGCUAUCUGGAACAGCGUUUUGCUACCAUGGAGGCCAGGCACAGCAGAGAGCUUCAGGCCAUCCAGCAGGAGAAACAGCAGCUGUUGGAGCUGCUGGACAGACAGAAUCACCUGGUCAGCCUGCUGGGAGAACUAGCCAGCUCCACUCGUAACAGCACACUGCUCCAACGACAGCAGGCCACACUCACUGACACAGUGCAGCAGCUACUGGCUAUGGUCACUCACUGUAACGAUAUUUCCACUCCACUUGAAAAGGAGAUGCUGAAGUUCAGAGACUGUGCUGAGAUAUUCAAAUCUGGAGUUACAGAAAGUGGGAUAUACAGCAUUCAUCUUCCUAACUCAACCCAGAAAACCAAGGAGCCAGGUGUUUGGCAAAGAUUCGAGAGCUUCCUGCCAACACAGGGUUUAAUGCAGCAAGUAUUCUGUGACAUGAAAACUAAAGGGGGAGGCUGGACUGUCUUUCAGCAUCGAUAUGAUGGAUCUGUCGAUUUCAACCGGGGCUGGAAUGAUUACAAACUGGGAUUUGGAGAUCCAUCAGGAGAACACUGGUUAGGAAAUGAUGCAAUCCACAUGCUUACAACAUCAAAAGUCUAUACUCUCCAGGUCCACCUCAAAGACUCAGAGGGGCAGCAAGCUUAUUCUCAAUAUGACCAGUUCUACAUUAACGGAGAGGAUAAGAAAUACAGUCUCCACGCAAGUGGUUUCAGUGGUACAGCUGGACGCACUAGUAGUCUUACCCACUCAGGAACCCUGUUCAGCACAAAGGAUCAGGACAAUGACCAGUGCAGCUGCAAGUGUGCUCAGAUGGCCACAGGAGGGUGGUGGUUCGAAGCUUGUGGUCCUUCCAAUCUCAAUGGGAUAUACUAUUCUGGAAGCUCCAAUGUGAUACGGUAUAACAGUAUAAAGUGGUACUACUGGAAAGGGCCGAGCUGGAUGGCGACCAUGACCACUAUGAUGAUACGGCCUGUGGACUUCUAAAAACAGGAAGACACUCUCAUAAAUGGGUCAUUUGACUUUACUGACAGCCAAAUCAUCCAAACAAGCUGGUGACAUCAAUGAAAAUUAUGGACAACUUGAGCACUGGACAGCUUGUGCCCAUGUCAUUGUAGCCAUUCAAUCUGUCUCCGUUUUGUUUGUUUAGUCUGGCGAAACAGACACAAAUUGCACCAUAAAUGUUUUAUCUCCCUGUAUAGCAAACUCUUCCAAUGUAAAAUGCAAUGAACUGGAAUGGCUGAUCAGUGCUCACAUUUGUAGUUGAUGUUUGAGCCCGAUGUCUGUCUGGAAAAACACUAACCUAUCUUCCUCCUCCAUCCAGUGGAACAUCGGCUCUCCUGAGAUUUCUUUUCCAAUUCUAGUGCCUAUAAAGGGUUUAAGAGAGAAUACCUCUUAUACAAGCGCUCAAGACACUGAAACAGGUGUAUGUUUUAUAUGCACACCUUUCAUUAUAAAUACAUAUUUGUAAUAAAACAACAGACAUCAAGACUU